UGAGUGAGUGAGCCGGGCUGCAGCUGGUGCUGCUUUUGCUUUCAGUUUUGCAGGGGCGGAAGCUGGAGGUAGCCUGAGUGCUGGCUGGCUGGCCGGCCGGCUGUUGCCCUCGGUACCAGGGUGCGUGAGUGGCCGGGGCCGGAGCUGCUGGAGCCGGGGACCGGGGAGAUGAGCGGCCGCUCACGUCUGCGCCGCACGGGCGCCGAUGCCGUCUACUUCAUCCUCAAACUAACACUGACAAUCUCCGCCACUCUCUUCUCGAUGCUGGGAUUGCUCAUCAUUUGCAUUGGCAUUUACGCCGAGGUGGAGAGGCAGCAGAACAAAACAUUGGAAGGGUUUUUCGUGGCACCCGCUGUCAUCCUGAUACUCCUGGGGGUCAGCAUCUUUGUGGUCUCCUUCGUUGGGAUGGUCGGAGCACUCAGGGACAACCAGCUUCUACUGAAAAUGUUUAAGUGGACGCUAGUCGUUGUGUUGUUGCUGGAGCUGGUUUUCAUCAUCGUCAGCUUUUUAUGCCGGAAUAAGGUUCUUUUAAUGUUUAAAGCGAAUGUACGAGAGGGAAUCAGACAUUACUACGAUGACUUGGAUUUCAAAAACAUUCUGGACCGCAUUCAAGUCAAGUUCUCUUGCUGCGGAGGAGAGGAGUACAAGGACUGGUCCGUGAACCAUUACCAUGCCUGUGAUGCACCAGGACCAAUGGCCUGCGGUGUACCUUACACCUGCUGUGUCAAGGAGCAGGAAGGAAAUGUUAUCAACACACAAUGUGGAUACCAGAAACUACAUCAAGAGCGUUUUGAGGUGGGCACGACCAUCAAUGCCCGAGGCUGUGUGGAUGCCAUUACGUUGUGGUUUGAAGACAACAUUGGCUCGACAGUGGGAAUACUGAUUGCCAUUCUGCUGCCACAGGUUCUUGGGAUAGUACUGAGUUGUUUGUACCUGGGGAAGCUCUCGCAACACAUGGACGAAGUGGAUGGAUUCAGAAUGUUCAAGAUGUCCAUUCCCUACGAGCAGCUGGAUCUGAGCGGGGCCGGCUGGUGCAUGUGUUUGCCGAGGGAGGAAGGUUACCAGCCAAUCGAACAAGAUGACAAUAUCCCCAACGAGGUGAAUCCCCUGCAAGACCCGCAACCGAUCAACACCGAGCAGGAAGACUUGAACUGAGGUUGGAUUCCAAGAUCCAAAAACAAUUGCCACCGGCCAGUUUCAGGACACGGAAUUAAGAUAGUGGAUACGACACAUGUAUAACAAGACCGGCUUGUGAAGGUCCUGUCUGCAUGUGAGAGGCUCUCAUUAGUCCCAGUGCCCAAUGGUGGCAUCAUGGAACAAAAUAGAGUGUGAUCAGGCUUGUUACCAGUUAGCAUAGAUCCACCCAACAUCCUUUGUCUGACUGAUGAAGGGUCUCUACCUGAAACGUCACCCAUUCCCUCUCUCCAGAGAUGCUGCCUGUCCCGCUGAGUUACUCCAGCAUUUUGUGUCUAUCUUUGGUGUAAACCAGCAUCUCCUGUUCCUUCUCACACGACCCAACUUCCUGUUGGGUUCCAGGUGUCAACCAACCUGUUUUAAAGGAAAAUUAAAUCCUAUUUUUGACAGGGAA